AUGGAAAACAAUGUGAAAAAGUUUUCAGUGGAAUAUAAUCCCAUUAACAGAAGUAAUGUUUUCAGCAGUGGUGAUUAUAUCAGUGGGCAAAUUACACUGGAACUGGCAAAAGAGUGCAAAAUACAAUCACUCUGUGUAAAGCUGAAGGGAAAAGCUAAAGUCUUAUGGACUGAGAAUUAUGGAAAAACUGUUGUAGUAUACCAAAAAAAGGAGAAGUACUUCAGUAUUGAACAAUUUGUCCUCCAAGGAGAAAAGGGGACGAAUGUUAUUGGUCAGGGCUACCAUACCUAUCCAUUCACCUUUCAGAUCCCAACUCCUCAGCAGAUUCUUGUUGAUAAGAAGAUGAAGCUCUUCACUUUGGGAGAAAUAACCAUGGAUGUAAAUAUUCCACAAACAGGCUUCCACCAAGGUGAAGGUAUAAAGGUUGUGGCUUACAUUCAGAACAAAUCAUCUCGUGAGAUUAAGCCCAAGUACUAUUUGUAUCAGAAGAACAGCUACUUCGCCAAAGGGAAGAGGAAAGUAGAAACAAAAGAUAUUCUGAAAGAGGUGGGCGAAGUCAUCCCAUCCCAUGCAGGUCAUACUGUCACCAGGAUCAUCACCAUCCCUCCCACCACAUGCAUGUCCAUCUUAAACUGCAAUAUCAUCAAAGCAGAGUACAAACUCAGGGUCUAUCUUGAUGUCAAGUAUGCUGCUGACCCAGAAGUCAAGUUCAACAUCGCAAUCCUUCCCACUUUAGAGGGGUCUGAUGAAGAGCAGCCACCGCCCUACAAUGGAUCUGAAGCUUUCAUGGCUGGAGAGAGCAGCUUCCUACAAAACCCAACAAACUAUGACUCAUCUGCUCCACCAAGUUAUAUGUCAUAA